CCUAAAAAUAGACUGCUGUCUUCAGCAUACCCAGCUGAAAGAUCGCGACUUUAUUCACGUCAGUCGAUGAAACAACCUACAAAAUAAUGGAUUUACUGGGAAGUAUUCUGAAUUCCAUGGAGAAACCUCCUUCAGUAGGAGAGAAAGAAAAGAAGUUAGCUCAAGAGAGGAAAAAACAGAUGGAGAAGAUGAAGCAAGAAGACAGGAAGCGGAAGAACGAAUUCAGAGCAAAAGUUGAGAAAGAAGUGGAUGCAUUUCUGAAUGACAGUACAAGGACCAGGCUCAAGUAUCCGCCAAUGGACAAGGUCUAUCGCAGCAUAAUACAUGAUGUUGCUGAAGUAGCUGGUAUGACUUCCUUCUCUUUUGGUGAGGCUGAGGUUGAUCGCUAUAUCAUGUUGUUCAAAAAGGAAAUCCCACCUACUGAUGAGGAACUUGAUGCAUACAGAAGAGGAGAAAAAUGGGACCCGGAGGAGGCCAGGUUCUUAGCCAAGAAAGUGGCAGAGGAAGCGGAGAAGGCAAGGCUGUUGGAAGAAGCGAGAGUACCAGCCAAGGUCGUACCUAAUUCAGAUUACAAGGCCAAGUACAAAGAUCUCAUAGGCGAGGAUAGUGCCAAAGAUGCUGCCCGUCAUCUCACGCCGAACAAGCAGUUUGGUUUUGUUCCGAGUGAUAAUAAACGGGACAAACGUUCUGUAGAGGAGACAUUGGAUGCGAUGCGAGCGAAGAAACAGAAGAAAUCUGAGAGCGGGAUCCACCAAGUCCCAGGGCAGACCGAUGCCGAGACGAGCAGUACGUCAAAACAAGAUGACACCCACCAAGUGGAAAGUUCUAGCCAGAGUGAAGGAGAAACUAGCAGUACGUCCAACACUGAAGAUCAUUGAUGAUUGGUGCCAAAGGCCUGUAUUCUGAAGUCAGGUUUAACUUAAACUCAGGUUUAAAGUUGUGGUUUAAGUAUGGAUAGCCAAUUGUUA